AUGGAGCAUUCACAUAAGCCAGCCGCGGCGGACGAGAAUAUCGAGGAGCUCGUCCGCAGGAUCAGCAACACACACGUCAAAUCGACUUCUUCAGCGAGUUCGACAUCAACACCGUUCUCGCAACUCGACUACGAGAACAACAGCCCCCUCAGCCCGCACCCAGGAAGCAGUCUGGACCCGACGGCUGCCAACUUCGAUGCUCGCACUUGGAUCAAGGAGUUCAUCAAGCUCGCCGAAUCAGAUCCGGCCUCUGCCCCGCAACGUGCCCUCGGCGUCGCAUUCAAGGAUCUCAGCGUUUUUGGCUCCAGCACAGGUGCUCGGUUCCAACAGUCGGUCGGAAAUGCUGUAGUUAGCAUUGCCAAGGAUCUGGUCAGACUUGCCAGCAAUAGCAAGCGGCAUGAACGACGUCUCAGCAUUCUGAGCGGCUUCGAGGGCGUCGUUGAGAAGGGAGAGAUGCUACUGGUUCUAGGUCCUCCAGGCUCCGGUUGCUCAACAUUCUUAAAAACUCUGUCAUCUCAGACGGCGGACCUUGAGGUAGAUGAACGCGCCUACAUCAGCUAUCGCGGAAUCGAUCCGAACCAUAUCCGUUCCUCCCUGCGAGGAGAUGUUCUCUACAACGCCGAGCUGGAUAACCACCUCGCUCACCUGACUGUGGGAGAAACUUUGACCUUCGCAAGCCGAGCCCGCACUGUUCGACAUAUCCCUGCUGGAUUCUCCCGCCAACAAUUUGACCUCGUCAACCGCGACGUUAUGAUGGCAAUCUUUGGCUUGAUGCACACCGUUGAUACCCGAGUAGGAGACGACGUGGUUCGUGGUGUCAGCGGUGGUGAGCGAAAGCGCGUCAGCAUUGCUGAAGCUGCGCUCACUGGUGCCAAGUUCCAGUGUUGGGACAACUCGACGAGAGGCCUUGACAGCGCCAACGCGGUCAACUUUUGCAGAAACCUUCGUCUGCAAGCAGAUCUUCUGGGAGUCGCUUCUGCUGUUACCUUAUACCAGGCCCCGCAGUCCGCAUACGACCUGUUCGACAGGGUGACCGUCAUCUACGAAGGAAGGCAGAUCUUCUUUGGGAGACGCACACAAGCCAAGCAAUACUUCCAGGAUUUGGGAUUCCACUGCCCAAGAAGGCAGACCGUACCUGACUUCCUAACGUCAAUGACCAGCCCGCACGAACGCCGCGUCAAGCCUGGCUUCGACGAUACUGUUCCCCGUACCCCGGAUGAGUUCGUGGAGAGGUGGCGUAAAAGCGAACAACGACAGCACCUGGUCCAAGAACUUGCAGCCUACGACCAGAAACAUCCGUCUCGAGAAAGGCUGGAGGAGUACAACCAAUCUCGGCACGCGGAACAGGCAAAGUCACAGCGCACCAAGUCUCCAUAUAAGAUAUCGUAUGUUCAACAGGUCUCACUCACAUUCUGGCGAGCCUGGCGACGACUCCUUGCAGACCCGGAUUUUACCAUCGCAUCCCUGCUCUUUAACCUCAUCAUGGCCCUCAUCCUGGGCAGCAUGUUUUACAACCUGAAGCCGGAUUCCUCAAGCUUCUACUACCGUGGUGGUAUCAUCUUCUUUUCCUUGAUGUUCAACGCCUUCAGUAGUCAGCUUGAGGUCCUCACCAUCUAUGCGGAGCGGCCUGUUGUGGAGAAACAGAACCGGUACGCCUUCUACCAUCAGUCGGCUCAAGCGAUCGCUAGCUACCUCUGCGACCUUCCAUACAAAAUUGCCAACAUGUUCGUGUUCAAUAUUCUCGUUUACUUCAUGGCCAAUCUGCGGCGGGAGCCUGGCCCUUUCUUCUUCUUUUGCCUUGUUACCCUGUUCGCAACGCUGUCUCAAUCGGCCAUGUUCCGCACUCUAGCAAGCAUCACCAGAACCCCAGAGCAGGCCAUGAUUCCUAGCGCUCUGCUUGGAAUGGGGUUGAUGAUUUACACCGGGUUCACAAUGCCAACGGCUUACAUGCCCGGCUGGUCUCGCUGGAUGGGCUACAUCAACCCUCUGGCCUACUCCUUCGAGGCACUGAUGGCGAACGAGUUUCACGGACGGGAGUUUGGCUGUGCAGGAAUGGUUCCCCAGGGUCCUGGAUACGACAAUCUCUCCCCAGAGUCGCAGAUCUGCUCCGUGGUAGGCUCCGAGCCGGGUUCCUCGGUUGUCAAUGGUGACAGAUACAUCAACCUCUCCUUCGAAUACUACAAUUCUCACAAGUGGAGGAAUGUCGGCAUUCUCUGCGGUUUUACUAUCUUUUUCUUCUUCACUUAUCUGGUCAUGGCGGAGUUUUCGAAGCCACCAAAGACCCGUGGCGAGGUCCUUGUCUUCAGAAGAGGACAAAUGCCCUCCGCCAUGAAGAUUGAGAAGUCAGGCAGUGCCUUAGAUCCCGAGGCCCAAACACAUGGAAGUCAAACUGCCGCAACGGAAAAGGGUCUAAACGGAGAAUCAUUGAAUGGCAAAGGCCUUGUGGCCGGUACAUCCGUCUUUCACUGGGAAGAUCUGUGCUACGAUAUCAAAGUCAAGGGUGGGGUUGAGCGUCGACUUCUUGAUCACAUUGACGGAUGGGUGUCUCCGGGCAAGACGACAGCGCUCAUGGGAGUGUCGGGCGCCGGAAAGACUACGCUGUUGGAUGUUCUUGCAACUCGCGUUUCCAUCGGUGUCGUCAGUGGUGACACUCUUAUCAAUGGUGUUCCGACGGAUGCCACCUUCCAACACCAAGUCGGUUAUGUGCAACAGCAGGACAUCCAUCUUAGUACCAUGACGGUUCGCGAGGCCUUGGAGUUCAGUGCUGUUCUUCGGCAAUCAUCUGAAGUGCCCCGCAAAGAGAGACUUCAGUACGUUAACCAUGUCAUUGAGAUGUUAGAGAUGCAAGACUUUGCUGGGGCUGUAAUCGGGGUACCUGGAGAGGGCCUUAAUGUGGAGCAACGAAAGCGCCUCACCAUCGGCGUAGAAUUAGCUGCGCGACCACAGCUUCUGGUGUUCUUCGAUGAGCCAACCUCGGGGCUGGACUCCCAGACCUCAUGGGCAAUCUCUGUGCUGAUUAGGAAGCUCGCCAAUAGCGGUCAGGCUGUGCUGUGUACCAUUCAUCAGCCAUCGGCCAUACUCUUUGACCAGUUUGAUCGUCUCCUCCUGAUUGCCCCGGGAGGGAAAACUGUCUUCUUCGGUGACUUGGGAGAUAACUCUUCUAGGCUCAUUGAUUACUUCGAAAGAAACGGCGCACCGGCCAUCCCAACUGAUGCUAAUCCCGCUGAGUGGAUGCUUGAAGUCAUCAAGCCACCCAAUGAUGAUUCCGACGGCAUUGACUGGCAUCGAACUUGGUGUGACUCUCCGGAAUAUCAAGAAGUCAAGAAGGAGCUGUCGCGUCUUCGGGGCCUCGCAUCAACGAAGGACAUGGAAAGCACGAAGGACAAAUCCCAGCACCAAGAAUUUGUGUCCUCAUUUUCCACGCAGUUUUGGGAGGUGUUAGUGCGCACCACAAAGCAUUUUUGGAGAUCACCAGUCUAUAUGUGGUCAAAGACUACCUUGAUUGCCUUGUCGUCGCUCUACCUUGGCUUCAGCUACAGUGCCAACAACUCCAUUCAAGGGUUGCAGAAUCAGUUGUGGGCCAUCUUCAUGUUUCUCGUUCUCUUCAUCAAUAUCAACGAGCAGAUCAUGCCGAUGUUUGUACCCCAGCGGAAUCUGUACGAAUCACGCGAGCGCCCUUCCAAGAUUUACCGUUGGACAACAUACAUCAUAGCCAACAUCCUUAUUGAGCUGUUUUGGAACUCAAUAAUGGCCGUGCUUAUGUAUUUCUGUUGGUACUACCCCGUUGGCUUCGUCCGCAACACCACUCCGGAUGACCAAGCUAUCCGCGGGUUUCUCGUUUUCCUCUUCCUUUGGGUCUACCUACUCUUCACCAGCACAUUUGCACACUUCGCCAUUGUUUGGAUCGAUCUCCCGGAGACGGCUGGCGUUUUGACGAGUUUGCUAUGGAUGCUCUGCAUUCUGUUCUGCGGCAUCGGUGUCCCCCGUGCUGAUCUUCCCGGUUUCUGGACCUUUAUGUACCGCGCCUCUCCUGCUACGUAUCUUGUGGGCGGGAUCAUGUCCACCGCAGUUGCGAACACGGAUGUUACAUGCGCGGACUAUGAGGUUCUCCACAUGAAACCGCCAACUGAUGGUAACAUGAGCUGUGGCGAGUUUCUUGGUCCGUUCGCUGAAGCCGCCGGUGGCCGUGUACUGGAUCCCUCCGCUGUAGAUGAGUGCGGGUAUUGUCCACUUGGUACGACGAACGACUUUCUGGCCCAGUUUGAUUUGAGCUUCAACACCCGUUGGAGAGACUUUGGAUUUGUAUGGGUGUUCAUACUGUUCAACAUCGGCGCCGCAUUGGGGCUUUAUUGGGCUUUCCGAGUACCGAAAGGCAAGGAAACUAAGGUGAAGAGAGCUUAG